AUGGAUCAAUUUCAAUUCUCCAGUCUCACACCUUUGGAUCCGCUAGAAACUAUCACAAAACGGAGCAUACUAUCAAAAAUCUCAUUAAUAUUUGAUCCACUCGGUCUGCUUGGUCCUGUCACGCUAACGGCAAAAAUCAUAAUGCAGGAUCUUUGGCGUCUUGGUUUAGAUUGGGAUGAAUCAAUUCCAUUGGAGCUGCAUACUAAGUGGAAACGCUAUGAAGUAGAAUUGCCCGAGCUGAGACAAAUCAACGUGCCUCGAAGGGUUAUUCCGUUUGAACGACACACGCGGCUAGAAAUCCACGGAUUUUCCGAUGCCAGUGAAUCUGGCUAUGGAGCAUGUAUCUAUUUACGUGCCACAUCCCUCGAUGGGAAUCAUUCAGUUCGUUUACUUUGCUCCAAGAAUCGAGUAGCACCAUUAAAGGCUAUUUCGAUUCCGCGUCUCGAACUAUGCGGUGCACUACUACUAGCACAGCUUGUCGACAAAACUUCAAAUUGCCUAUCAUGCAAGGCAGACUCCAUUCACCUAUGGACGGACUCAACAAUCGUAUUGGCCUGGUUGCAAUCGUGCAGUCGUACCUGGACCCCCUUCGUAGCCAAUCGCGUUGGGGAGAUACAACAACUAACCGUAAUACAAAAUUGGAAACACAUACGCAGUGACGACAAUCCCGCAGAUCCACUGUCAAGAGGAGUCAUGCCAGCUUCUUUGUCUCAGCUACAGAUUUGGUGGACAGGGCCUCCAUGGCUAACACUCGAUAAGGAAAAAUGGCCUCAGAAUAUGCUCGUCACCUCCAAUCAAAACGCGCCCGAAAGGAGAGCUAAAUGCAUCGCCGCUCUAGCAACCAAUGAUGAAGAAUUCAACAUCUUUAAUCGAUACUCAAGAUUUUCAAGACUAACUCGGAUCGUUGCAUAUAUCUUUCGAUUCUACAAGAAGGCAAGACGUACUGGAGAGUCUACUAGAAGUGUACAACAAUCUACUGCAUUUACACGAGCGAUUCAACCCAUAACCGCUGACGAAGUAAAUCAUGCCAUUCAAGUAAUGGUAAAGCUUGUGCAAAAGAAUCAUUUUUCAAAGGAAUUGCAUUCACUAUCUAAUCAAGAGGCCAUAUCUCGAAGCAGUUCCAUAUUAAAGUUAAAUCCAUUCAUUGAUGAGAUCGGAGUUCUCAGAGUUGGUGGAUGCCUUCAAGUUUCAGCGUUAUCACAAUCAGCAAAGCAUCCUGUACUAUUACCUGGACGACAUCCAUUGUCACGUCUUAUUAUAACGCAUGAACAUGAAAGACACUUACAUGCUGGCCCUCAAGCUACACUCGCUGCCGUUCGACAGAACUACUGGCUCAUUUCUGCGCGGGACAUUGAUCGACAGAUCACUCGAACUUGUACCGUUUGCUUUCGCAGUGCACCAAAACCGGCAUCAACAAUCAUGGGCAAUCUCCCCAAGGCACGAAUCAUUGCACCGUCAAGAGCGUUUGAAAGUUGCGGAGUAGACUAUGCCGGCCCCUUCUACCACAAGGAAGGAUCGAGAAGAAAUAGCAAGCUAAUAAAGUGCUACAUGGCAAUCUUUGUCUGCUUUGCAACGAAGGCCGUUCAUAUUGAGCUGGCUACGGACAUGACCUCAGAGGCAUUUUUAAACGUCUUCAAACGAUUCAUAUCCAGACGGGGAUAUCCAUCUCACAUAUACUCUGACAAUGGGUUAAAUUUUGUAGGUGCACAACGGGAAUUAAACGAGCUAGCUGCUCUAUUUGAGAAUCAAAAAUUCCAACAUGAUAUUGCGGGAUACAUGAGCAAUAAAAACAUACAAUGGCACUUUAUCACCCCUAGAGCGCCUCAUCAUGGAGGACUCUGGGAAGCCGCAGUCAAAAUGGCUAAGGUGCACAUAUUCCGAAUAACCAAGGAUACGCAUUUGAGAUACGAAGAACUACAAACAUUGCUUGUUCAAGUUGAAGCAAUCCUUAAUUCCAAACCACUCACGCCUAUGUCUUCUGAUCCUGCCGACAUCACACCUUUAACAGCCGGACAUUUUUUAAUAGGAGGACCUUUAACGUCUUAUCCCGAGCCAUCUUUGGAGAACAUCGCAAUCAAUCGUUUAUCGCGCUGGCAACAUGUGGAGCAGUUAAGGCAACAUUUUUGGCGACGCUGGUCAAGGGAAUACCUUCAUCAUUUUCAACAGCGCAAUAAAUGGCAAUCUAUUGACUCAUCAGUAUAUAAAGGACAAAUGGUGAUUUUAAAGGAGGACAACGCGCCACCGUUAUCUUGGCCCCUUGGGAGAAUAACAGAGAUACAUCCAGGUCCCGACGGAGUCGUCCGCACUGUUACAGUAAAAACAGCGAAAGGUUCUUAUAAACGCCCUAUCACACGUUUAUGCUUGCUUCCCUUCGACAAUGAGCCUCAGUCAUGA